AUGAAUUCAACAAUUGUUGAAUGGGUGCCUAUUGAUCAUUUUAAAGAAUUUCAAAAGGAGGUUUUGGAUCUAUAUUUACAGCUACUUGGAUUGAUGGGUGGAUUGUUAACUGGGAUGAAAAAGCUCAAAGUUCACGCAUAUUGUUUGAUGAUUAUAAUUUUGGCAUUUAUCUUGCAAGAGGAAUUUGUAAUAGAAUAUUUUCAGCCUAUUAAACGAAGAAAUAACAAUGGAAAAACUACUGUACGAUAUCAGAUCAAGAAUUCUUCCGUUUCUCAAGUAUAUUUGUCUAAUAAUAAAAGUGAAAUUACUGAUUAUAGAGGUAUUCCCAUUCUUAAAAUAAGUUCAAUUCAGAUUUCAUUAAAAAAAAGUAGCAGGAACCAAUAG